GAAGAGCCAUUCACAGACCUCGGGCGCCGGGUACAAGCUCGACCUUGCAUUAUCCACAGGAUAACGCAAUGCAGGUACCUGGGCAAAUUCAGGUCCUGAUUUUUAAUCCGGUAUCCCCCCCUUUAACCCGACAAAUAUGAGCAAGACCCAGAUAGGAUAGAUAUAAGAUCCAGACAGCUAUCUUGAUUUUGUUUUGGUAUCUCUACCUUCAGCUUGCCCAGCCCUACCAAGUCAGUCAUCAAAAACCAACAAAUUUCUUGAUAUUACAAACUCGCUUCUACCACCAUGGGUGCCGCAGACAACUUCCUAGAGCUCACCAAGGCUCGGAGAUCCAUCUACGCCUUGUCCAAUGCAAGUACCAUCCCCGACUCGAGAGUUGAAGAGAUCGUCAAGCAUGCCGUGACCUGGGCACCUUCUUCAUACAACGUCCAGUCUGCCCGUGCAGUGGUGGUCCUCGGUGCCGAACACAACAAGCUGUGGGCAAUCGUCAAGAAGCACAUGGACCAAGUCCCCAUGGAUGAGGGGAUCAAGGGCUAUUUGGCCGGUCGUAUCAAUGGCUUCAACAGCAGUUACGGCACGGUGAUGUGGUUUGAAGACCAGGCCGCCCUCGACGCCUUGGGCGAGAAGAACCCAAUGGUCGUGCCUUUGUUGACUGAGUGUAAGUUCGCAAGAGAGAUCAAUCCUGGAUCGGACAGAUACUGGCGACGGUUAGCUGGAUAUUGGUACUGACUUUGGGUGUGCGUAGUUUCCGACCACUCGAGUGGUAUGCAUCAGUUCAUCGCUUGGACUGCUCUCGAAGCCGAGGGCCUUGGGUGCAAUCUUCAGCACUUCAACUUUCACCCCGGCAUUGUCGCGGAUGUGAAAUCCACCUGGGGUCUCCCUGACACCUGGAAGCUCAAGUCCCAGUUGGUGUUUGGCAAGCCAUCGGCAGGCCCAGACCACGAGAAGACCUUUGAGCCGAUCGAGAAGAGGGUUAUGGUCAAGAAGUCGUGAAGAAAAUGGACUAGAUCUUCGAGCAAGGACGACAAUCUUCUGAACUGCGACACUCAUUGAUUUCAGGAUAUGCAGCAAGCAAGAGAGGCGAACAAGGCGCCAGAGAUAGAUGAAGUGGCAGGUUUUGACUGCUUAGACAGCAUCAAGUCCGUCCCCAGAAAAAAAAAAGUGCACGCCAACGCGUCGCGUUUCUCGGGACGCUAGAGGAGCAAACGUGGACACAGAGUUAGAUAGCAUAUACAAGUAUCUUGGUCAUCAGCCGAUACGAGGAAUCAUCAUCAUGCC